ACUAUACACAGAAGCCCUGGGGACAGACCCCCAACAAUAUAAAAACAAAUGCUGAAUUCUACUGUAACUGGGGUACAGAUCAUUCCAAGCUUAGGAGACUAGAUGGUGCAAUCGAAGAUUGCACAAAUGCAGUGAAGCUUGAUUCCACUUAAUUAAAAGCCUCCUUGGGAAAAGCUCAGUGUUACAUGGAUACGGAACAGUUUGAAAAAGCAGUACAGGAGUGUGGAAAAGUGUAUCAGAUGGAGAAAACAUAAGAACAUGCACAGCUAAAACACCCCACAGCUGGAGCUGAAGAAAAGCAAGGAAAGUUUACUACAAGUUUCUGGGAGUGGACAUGAAUGCCUCUGAGGAGGAGAUCAAGAAAACUUAUCAGCAACGAGCCUGGAAGCACCACGCAGACGGGCACUGGAGAGCCAGUGCUGAAGUUUAGGAGGAGGAGGAGGAGGAGGUCAAGGAAGUCAGAGACGCUUUUGCAAGCUUUUGCUCUCACUGAUCCCGAGAAGACGACUCGCUCUGACACUGGACACGACCUGGAUGAGGAGGGUACAGGUGUGGGUAACUUUGAUGUCAACCACGUUUUCUUUGGCAUUCUUCGGCAGUGCUGGGGCUUCAGCUUUGAAGCAUCUGGUCUGGGGAAUUUCCUUUUUCAGUUUGUGUCAUGAGAGGAAACCAUCCAGAACUCAGAGUGUGGACUUGCUCAGUGUGACCUUGAAUGUGGACACAGCUCACCUCCUCUCUCCUCCGCAUCUCCGUGUACUUGGAGCACUUUGGCUUUCUCCGUUGGAUCCCCUGGGUCCGUAGCCAGAUUUCACAUUGAGCAGCUGCAGACGGAGAAAUCAGAGAAAGCACAACCCGGCCCCAGAUUCCGAGGGGCCUGCUGGGGACUCUGUCCUCCUGCUCGAGAGGGAAGACCCCGAGGCCGGAGUCUCAGGCCAGGUCCUGGCUGCCAUGGGAGCUGCAGCUGCCACCCCCCGGCUGCCCUCCACACGGCCAGGCAGAUAAGGGCGGGCACUGCCCCAGGAGUACCUGCCGCCCCCUGCCGGGCUGCUGCUCUGUGGCCAGCUCUUCCCCAGCCUUGGGCCACCUUCGCUGACCCGAGGCCAUGUAGGCCCGACCUGGGCCUUUGUGGAUAGACACACGGCCAGGGACACCGCCUCUGCUCUCUGGGGGACACAGCGCACCACCAUGCCCCGGGGAAUCGCCCGGCUGCACUAUCUCGGGAUCCUCCUUGGCAUGGCCUUGGGGAACGGGGGUUUGGAGAUGUGGCCCUUGACCCAGACCGAGGAGUGCGCUGUCACCGGCUUUCUGCGGGACAAGCUGCAGUACAGGAACCGCCUGCAGUACAUGAAACACUACUUCCCCAUCAACUACAGGAUCAGUGUGCCUUAUGAGGGGGUGCUCAGAAUGGCCAACAUCACCAGGCUGAAGGCUCGGGUCAGCCAGCAGGAGCUGCGGUACCUGUGGGUCUGGGUGAGCCUCAGCGCUACUGAGUCGGUGCAGGAAGUGCUGCUCGAGGGCCACCCAUCCUGGAAGUACCUGGAGGAGGUCCAUACACUGCUGCUGGACGUGCAGCAAAGCCUCACGGAUGUGGAGAUCAGCCCCAAGGUGGAUGCGGUAGUGUCACUUCUGAGUGGCCCGAGGCUAAGCCUGAAGCUGGUGCGACCCAAAGCCCUCCUGGACAACUGCUUCCGGGUCAUGGAACUGCUGUACUGUUCUUGCUGUAAACAAAGUUCCGUCCUAAAUUGGCAGGACUGUGAGGCGCCGAGCCCUCAGCCCCACAGCCCAGAGCCCUCCUCACAGUGCGUGGCUACCCAGCUAUACCCUCUGUCCCAGAGGCCCUCUGUCUCCCUGCCCCACUCCCCAGGAUCCAAGCCCGGACCCCCGGCUCAGUGAAGCUGCUGAGGGCACAGGCCGAGACCUCUUGGCCCUAGCAGCCUGUGUGGUGACCUGCGUGGGGCAGCUGGAGGUGCUCCCGCAGUUCGGUUGAGCCUGAGACUUGUGGGGGCAGUGGUGAGGAGCACCCCCCCUCCCCCCAGGGGGAGAGGAACCCCCAGGAGAGUGUUUUCCCUUUGAGGGGAUCCUGUGCCUGAGAAGGGUUCAGCUUCCCGCAUUCUGUACCUCACCUGGUCUCACCUGGAGCAGCGGGGGCCUGGGGGCACCUGAAGGUGGACAGAGUUCUCUUCCCCUUCCUGCACCACCUGGGCUGCCUCCCUUGCCUGGAGGCGGCGCUGAGCGUCUCCCGUGGCCUGCAGAGGGGAAAACUGUGCCGGAUGGGGGUGAGCAUGGGGAGAGGGCAGGAAGCCACACACCACGUCUUGCCACAGUGGAUGCUCUUCCAGUUCCUCUUAUAUUUUCUAUUAAACACUUGCUUGUUUUGUUUUGGCUUGGUUUGCAUCUGCAAAGGUGAACCCCAGAGGGCAGCGAGCCUCUACGUUCCACUUCCAGCUGGUCAAGGGUAGGACGCAGGAGUGGGGUGGGCUGGUCGGGCCCUGGGGCUUAGGUCUCAAGGUUGGGAUCUGGAAUGGAUGAAGCCUUACCCUGGCAGCCUGGAAAUGGUAUUUGAGAGCCUGAGUUUCUUCCAGGCAUGCCCUAGCGGUUGGGGCCUCAGCGAGACAGACCGAGGGGCACGGUGUCGGAGAGGUCUUCCUCCGUGCCCCCUGGUCACCCUCCCUGGCUCCACCUGGCCAGGACAGAGUGGAGGUGUUCAAAAGCAUAGAUCCUGGCACAAGACCUGGCCCCUCCUGCCCCUGCAACACGGACCCCGUGCUCCCCAGGCCGGAUCUGGGGUAGGACAGGGCCGGGAGCAGCGGUGGAGGGAGCCAGGCAGAGGCAGGGCUGUUAAUUACAGUACAACUUUAUUAAUA